CAAUGCAUAUUAUUGGAAAUUUGGAAUCAUAGAAUUUUUUUCCCACGCGCAAGCCUAAAUUUCUGCCCGCUAUAACCCGCCCAUGAAUGUAUUUUUCUAGAAUUGUACAAAUUCCAAAUCUCCCAUUCACUACUGUCACAUUUCUCCUCUCACUUUCAUACAUUGUUUAGGUUGGAGAUUACCCACAACUAUCUUCACUUUUUAUUUUAUUUAUUUUAUUUUUUUUUUUAAAAAUUUUUGGGUUAUUGAUUUGUUCAUUGGUUGAACUUCACGUGUUCUGUCGAUCCUUUAUUUGGUAUUGCCAUUAGGCUGAUUUAUUGCCGACCGCUUCAUAUAAUUGUAAAAGUCAUCUUUUUUGACAUUGCCUCAUAAGGGUUUGAUUUGAUGGGCUCUUGAUUUUCUGGAGUCUGCUGGUGGAUCUUUUGAUUUCUUCACUGCCAGGAAGCUUGAACAUUAUCUUGUUCUUGAGAAUGAAAUUUGUGGUCCGUUAACUUGGUAUAAUGGCAGUUUCUAAGAGGACUGUUCUGGCCUUGAAGUCUUAUCAAACCCAGGCUGAGGUGCUUGUUAAAAACUACAUACUAGCAGAUCCUUUUAUUCCAUACACUUCUGUCCUUGGUGGCACAUUGACUUGCAAAUUGGUAUAUGAUUUGACUCAGCUCGUCAGUGCCGUUUACUUUAGGAGUUAUAAUGGCCUUACAAAGAUUCAAAGGACUGAAUGGAACAACCGUGGUGUCUCUACUCUUCAUGCCAUUUUUAUUUCAAUUACAUCCUUGUACUUUGUCUUUUGGUCCGAUCUUUUCUCUGAUUACCAUUCUGCUGAGCUUAUUACAUUCCGAAAUUCACCUGUCUCAACAUUUGCACUGGGGGUGUCUGUUGGGUACUUCAUUUCAGACCUUGGGAUGAUUUGUUGGCUGUAUCCUUCCUUGGGCGGAGUAGAAUAUGUUAUCCAUCACUCUCUUUCUGCAAUAGCAGUAUCAUACUCCAUGCUCACUGGGGAGGGGCAGCUUUACACCUUCAUGGUCCUAAUAUCCGAGGUGACAACCCCAGAGAUCAACAUGAGAUGGUAUCUCGAUAUUGCCGGGUUGAAGAGAUCCAAUGCAUAUUUGAUUAACGGCAUUGUGAUAUUUUUUGCUUGGUUGGUGGCAAGAAUUCUUUUGUUUGUUUACUUGUUUUACCAUGUCUAUCUACACCAUGAUCAGGUCAUGAGGAUGCACACCUUCGGUUAUCUUUUGGUAUACUGUGUACCCUCAGCACUUGCUACCAUGAACUUGAUAUGGUUUGGAAAGAUUCUCAAGGGAAUUAUAAAGACCAUAGCAAAGAAGCAGUGAUGCCUGCUAUAAGAUUCCCUUGCCAUGAGAUGGAGAUAAGCUGAUGUCAAAACAAUGUUAUUGCUAAUUCGUUGUACCGAGAGUAAAAAGGAUUCUCAAGACUGGAGAAAAGAUGGCGGGAAGCAUAGAAGGCGAAGAGAUGUCAAACAUAACUUGAUUUCUCAGGUUCGUCGGAAAUGAAUAUCUUGUAAAUGGCUAGGGAUGCAUGAACUUUUACGUCGCUUUUGUUGUCUCGAGCUUUUGUAAUUUUGUUUUAGUGCAUACCUUUUGCUGUUUUGUCCGUCUCAUGAAAAAUAACUGUUUAGAAUUGGGACAUAUCGUUAACCUCAAUGUGCUUUUGUCUCUGAAAUUA